GUGUGUGUGUAUAGUGUGUGUGUGUGUGUGUGUGUGUGUGUGUUGUAUUGUAUUUGACUGAAUCUACAGGAGGAGAUAAAGAUGGCGGAAGCUUUGAGUAACAGUGAGUUUAAACUCAUUAGUCCUCGUGGUGGAGAUGUUCAGUCUGGUUCUGCUGCUACUCUCUCGUGUCUCGUGUCUCCUGAACUCAGUGCUGUUGGGAUGGAGAUCAGGUGGUUUAAGGGGACGGACUGUGUUUGUCUCUAUAAGAACAGACAGGUAACAGAGGGGAGGGGCUACGAGGACAGAGUGAGUCUGAUCACUCAGGAGCUGCAGAGAGGAAACGUCUCCUUACAGAUCAGAAACUGCAGACUCUCAGAUACAGGAGAUUACCUGUGUCAGGUAACCAGCGGAGACACAACAGAGGAGUGUACUGUAAGAGUGGGGGCCUUUGGGGUAAGUAAAUAACUGCACUCUCUUCUCCCACUGAUGGAAAUAACUUCCUGUUUCUAUUCUAAUCACUGCUAUUAAAUUAUAAUGCAGAAAUCAAUCAGUCACAUGACACCAGCUUUCAGAUUAAUAUUCAUGAGAUCAGAAAAAUCCUUUUCUCUUAUAUCCACCACCUUCCUUCCCACAAUGCACCUGUGCAUAAUCCCACUGCACUGUAGGAGUGUUUGAUCUGUAGAAUCUGAUCAUCUGCUGAACAGUUCAGUGCAGCUUUAGACUGAUUUACCACAUGAUCAGAUCUGCAUUUCCUAAAACGUUUCUAAAGCUAAGUUCUUCAUAACCUCGUACUUAAACAUUCUUAAACUCAGGACCAUUUUCCCAAAUUAUAGAGGACUCCUUAAAUUCA